AUGGACCCAUUGAGCAUAGCAACGUCGGCCGUUGCCAUCAUGUCUUUGUGUAAGAAGACGAUCGAGUACCUUCAAAGGGUAAAGCAAUCGUCCAAGGAAUGCAACCGUCUCAAAGCUGAGAUCAGGUCUGCCGCGGCCGUACUGGAGACUUUCACCGAGGUCGUUCAGGACGCUGAGCUGGAGAAAGGCGAGUGGACCAUCACGGUAAGGUCCAUCGGCAGUCAAGAAGGUCCUCUGCAGCUACUCCAGGAUAGCCUCGAGGCUCUCCAGAGGAAGCUCAUCUCUGCCACUCCGUCGAGCGGGAGUGUGAGCCGCCUGGGGAAAUCCCUGAUGUGGCCGUUCAAGAGCGGGGAAUUCCGCGACACCAUCACCGUGAUAGAUCGCCAGAAGUCACUUCUCCUGCUGGCGCUGGAGAACGAUCACUUUGCACUGUCAAAGGAGAUCCGGGAGAAUACGCGUACCAUUCUGGUCGGGAUGGAUGGCGUAAAGGAGAACCUGCAGCAGAUGACGGAGCGCAACGACGCAAAGGAUCGUCUGGCUGUCAUCAAUUGGAUCCCGGCCGCAGACUACGGCUCUCAGCAAUGCGACUUCAUAAGCCGACGCCAGAAGGGGACGGGAGAGUGGUUAUUGACCUCUCACGAGUUCAGGGCAUGGAAAAAAGGAGACCAAGGUGCUCUUUUCUGCCCAGGAAUGCCCGGCGUUGGGAAGACGAUGCUUUCUUCGAUCGUCGUCGAUCAUCUCCGCCAUGAUUUCCAGCACCACGCCUCUGUUGCGAUCGCCUGCGUCUACUUCAACUCCAAAAGACACCACGAGCAGACACCGACAAAUUUCCUCUUCAGUGUCCUCAAACAGCUCCUGCAGUCUCUCCCUUCCAUACCGGACGCUGUGGGGGAAUUCUACGAUCGCAACAAAGGCAGGACGCCUCAGAUGUCGACGGAAGCCACGAUGAAACUGCUACACUCGGCCAUUGCAGAGAUUCCCCGUGUCUUCAUCAUAGUCGAUGCGCUCGAUGAGGUGUCGGAGACCCACACGACAAACAUGCUGUCGGCCUUGUCCCAGCUCCGGACAGAUACAGGAGUAAGUGUAUUCGCCACGUCACGAUUCAUACCGAAGAUCGAGAGGGCUUUCGAAGGAGCACCGACCAUGGAGAUACGCGCCAGCGACUCAGACGUCCUAAGAUACCUCGAUGAGAACCUGUCGAUCCUGCCGACAUUCGUUUCGAGGAACUCCGCCCUCCAAGAGGAAAUUAAAAAUACCAUCAUCCGAGCAAUUGAUGGGAUGUUUCUUCUAGCCAAGCUACACCUGAACUCGCUUGCUGGGAAGAGGUCACCCAAAGCAGUCAGAUCAACCCUGUCCAGGCUCCCGACCGGCUCCGAAGGCUACGACCAUGCCUACCGAGAUACCAUGGAGAGAGUCAGAGGCCAGCCUCGCGAUUCGUAUGAGAUUGCGAAACAGGUUCUCUCCUGGAUAUCCUGUGCUAAGCGGCCUUUGACUGCUUCCGAGUUGGUCCACGCUCUGGCCGUUGAGAUUGGGGAAGAUGAGCUUGAUGAGGAAAAUCUCCCAGAUCUCGAGGACGUGGUUUCCGUCUGCGCAGGACUGGUCGCCGUAGACAGAAUGAGCGACACAGUGAGGCUCGUACACUACACUGCCCAGGAGUACUUUGAGAGGACAUGGAGGCAGUGGUUCCCCGAAGCGCCAGAGUACAUUUCCCGUGUCUGCAUUGCAUGUCUAUCCUUCUCUUCAUUCAGCACCGGGCCUUGUACAACAGCUGCCGAGUUUCAAUCACGACUUUCCGAGAACACUUUGUACGACUAUGCGGCACGACACUGGGGCCAUCAUGCACAGGCGAGCCUCUCCGAGACAGAUGAGCUCAUGCUGGAGUUUUUGAAGAACCACGGUGCAGUGUCGGCAUCGAGUCAGGUUCUGCUGACUCCUCAAAAUGCGCCUUCGUACAGCCAGAACACCCCACACGACGUCACAGGCAUGCACCUUGCUGCGUACUUUGGGCUACGACAAGCUGUCAGCUCAUUGAUGAGACUCGGAUAUUCGCCCUCCGUAGCAAACAGCCACGGUCAGACGCCACUCUGGUGGGCUGCAAAAAACGGGCACGAGCCGGUCGUCAAGCUACUUCUCAACGCCGACCGUAUGGAUGUCAAUGCCAAGGACAGCGAAUACGGCCGGAGCCCGCUCUGGUGGGCGGUCAGCAACGGGCACGACGGCGUCGUCGGCUUAUUGAUGGACAGAGAAGAGGUAGACGUCAACGCACCGGAUAGGGAGUACGGCAGGGCACCUCUGGCGUGGGCGGCGAGGAGCGGGAGUUAUGGUGUGGUGAAGCUGUUACUUGGGAGGGACGGCAUAAACGUCAACACGCGCGACAGUCUGUACAGCGAUACGCCAUUAUCCUGGGCGGCGAGAAACGGUCACGAGGACGUUGUGCAGCUGAUGCUAGACCACCCAGACACCGAUGUCAACUGCGAAGAGACAGAAUAUGAGCAGACGCCGCUGUCAUGGGCGGCCAGAAAUGCACACGGAGGUGUCGUCCGGAUCCUCCUUGCUAACAGCAAGGUCAACUUGAACCAUCAAGAUAAAGCAGGGGCAACACCAUUGAUCUGGGCGGCAAGAGCUGGCUACACAGGCAUCGUGAAGCUCCUGCUAGCCCAGGACGGCAUCCAGCUUGAUAUCGAGGACGACUACGGCCAGACAGCGCUGGAUUGGGCACUAGGGGGUGGUCACGAGGCCACGUCCAAGGAGCUCAUGGAAAAGCUGGGAAUGGACAUGGGAUCCAGCUCAACGGAUUCGCGCGAACAAGGCUGGUCACCACUGCUAUGGGCAGCCAGAAACGGACACAGCCAAUCGGUACGGGAGCUGCUGCAUCACCCGGGAAUCAACGUCAACAUCAAGGACAAAUUCAGCCAGACCGCGCUCUGGUGGGCCGCACGUGGUGGCCAUACCGCGGUUAUGAAGCUCCUCCUGCACCGUGAUGACGUCGACGUCAAUUCCGGCAUCACCAAUCCCAUCAGCUCGGGAGAGACGGCGCUAGCACAGGCAGCUCGGGCCGGUCACAGUGCCAUCGUGCGGCUCCUGCUAGAGAAGGAUGGCAUCAAUGUCAACUCGGGCGACUGCUACAACAGGACCCCCAUCCUGUGGGCUGCCAGGGAAGGCCAUACCAUGGUUCUCAGGACACUGCUAUCGACGGAAGGUGUGGAUGUGAACGCGAGAGACGCAUAUGGCCGCACGGCCCUAGCCUGGGCUGCUAGGGAGGGUCAUAAAGCGGCGGCAAAACUGCUGCUUGCCCACAAGUCCGUCGACAGGGAUGCCAAGGACAGCUAUGGUCGGAAGGCUAUUUCCUGGGCUGAGGAGAAUGGCCAAGAGGCUAUUGUCAGGCUGCUACUUGAUGGGUAG